AUGCCGCCCUUCAACGCCCGGCUCCGUCGCGACCUCUCUUCCGACAUCCUCGACCGCCUCCUCCUCCCCCUACGUGCGCCGCCCGCCGACCUGCCUGCCCCCGCACCGCAGUUCCCGACCCCCUCCCAACCCCGCCAAAUCACCCCCGUGGUUCCACGACAGGAAUCCGAAACGACCCUCAUCAUCCCCACCACGUACACCAACAUUGGCGACCUCGCGCCGGGCGCCGUAGCGGGAAUCGUCCUCGGCUCCGUCUUCGGCUUCCUCCUCCUCGUCUGGCUGGUCUACAUGUGCACCAGCGGGAUCGCCCCCGCCGUCGAGACCCGCACCGACGACAGCUCGCUCCCUCCCCCCCCUCCCCCUCACAGGUCGCGCCGCAGUCGCCACCAACACCACCACCACCACCACCACCCCCCUUCGCAUCGGCGCUCCGGGGGGCGCGCGCGCGUCAUCGCCACCGAGACGACGCGGGUGCGGAGCAGCGGGGGCAGGGGUCCCGGUCCCAUCAUCGUCGACGCGCCCGAGCCGGAGAUGAGUGAACGGGCGAGAUCCGUCAGCCGGCCGCCGCCGCGCGUGGUGGAAAGCGACGAGGAUGAAGUUGUUGUCAUUGAGGAGAAUACGCCGCCGAGGAGGAACAGGCGACAGAGUCGUCACAGUCGCCACAGUAGCUACGACGACCAUUGA